AGUAAUAACAUUAUAACAAUUUUUUGGGCCCACUAUUGGGUUAGUCUUACAAUAGUGUUCGAUGACAUUAUUUAACCCAAUCCCAUCCUUAUUUGUAAUGGUUGCAGCGUGAAGCCCAAUCUUCGUUGUUUCCUUCAAGUCUUCAACCCAAUUACUGAAAUUUAAAAAGAUAAAGAAAAACCGAAAUCUUGGCAUAGGCCAAAGAAGGGAAAGUGUUGAGGAAUACAGAUUCUGCGAAUUUCAUGGUUUCAUAGCUGAAUGAGGAGACUGUUCCCGGUGAAAUUGUAGAAACCCCUAAGCAGCUCGUGUUCACCGUCACGGCCCUGAUUUCCCAGCUUUCCGAAAUUGCUCAAGGUAGAAUGUGGAAUCGCAUUCCGCUCUCUCUGUCUCUUUUACGCUUCAAAAGCUACACUGGAUUCCAUUUUUGUGUGUUCUCUGAUUUCAUGAAGGGAAGCCAUGUCGGAACCCAUGAUGUAAUACUUUCCCCACCUUAAGGAAUCUGCAGCUCUUUUUUUUUUUCUUCUUCGUUCCUGCUGUCUCGUUUUCCUGUUUCGGCUAUCUGGGUUUGUCAUUGCGUUGCUCAAUUAGGCUGCAUGCUAAUAUUAUCAUUCUCUCAUAUGGUGCAAUCGUUCUUUUGGGCAUUGGGUUUUCUGUAGACUGCUACUUGCUUUGUAGGAGCUUACUUUUCCGUAUUAUAGAAUACUAUUUCAGGGGGCUGUAAAAUCAUUGCUGUCGAAUGGAUGGUGGGAAACCAACGAGGAAUUGGACUUUUGCUUGUCAUCUUCAUAUUGCUUAUGACAUUCAUCUUCUUGUUGCUUUCAGGAUUUACCCUGCAACGAGUGCCCAGGAUCUAAUUUGAUGGUUUUUGGCCCAGUUCCAGAUUCAGCAGCUUGACAUUUGAAUCUGCAUUUGCUCCACCACUUUCGUUUUCAUCCCAAUCCCUCCAGGUCCACUACUGCUUGGAUGAUUCUCUGUUGCUUAACUUUUGAAUUCUUCUAGGUUUCAACUUCUGGUAUGUGUUUUCAGUCUCAAGCUCUUUUCCAACCUAAGAGCCAGAGAAAGAUAAUGAUCGUUUAGCAUCGAUUAUAGAUAUUCUCAUGGCUUCCAAUCCCAUUCCAUAAAAUAGAAAGAUUAUGUGAUUAAAUUAUCACAGUUACUCCUAGGUUGAAAGAUAAUUCUGACAACAAUUCUUUGCUAUUCUUGUUAUUUUAGGAAUAUAAACUUGAUAUCUGUCUUCAACAUGAAAUCUCAUAACAAAGAACUGUCUGAGUACACACUUGACAACGUCCUUACUAGCAAACUCGCUCAUAUCCUGCAAAAUAUAGCAUUUCGACCUCAGGAUAUGUUGUGGUCCUUGUUGAGUUUGAAGGCUCCCUAUUUCCUUCAUGAUAGACUGCCUGUCUUGAUCUUAGUAAACCAAGCAGAAUCUUGUGCAGCGACUUCUGAAACCAAACUUACUUCUCCUUCUGAAGCUGCAUACGCUGUUCCCAUGUUCCAGAUUCUCUUUACACUUGAGUUUACCUUCCUCGAGAGAGAGAGAGAGAGAGAGAGAGACUAGUUUGUAUUACACAACACCAUCAUAUAAGUUUGCAAUUUAUCGGAAGGACAGAGUUUGUACUUUGUAUUUAUAGGGGCAGUCGUAAUUUUACUUUUCUGUUUUGGUUGGUAACUUAGUUGUUCCUCUAUAUCUAAUGUACCAAUCUCAUCUUCAGUUGCACUAGUGGAACACUUUCUGUACUUUCUCCCUCAACCUAACCAUGAAGUAGAACACUUACUUCUUCUAGCCCCAAAAAACAAGGUAAUUUGGGCAGUGAAAUUUUCACUUGAAUGAUAUGAGAGAUUAUUUCUUAUUUAUGCAUGUGAACUAACAAGUAUGAUUUGAUUGCUAGUUGCUUUCUUUCGCCAAAAGCAGGGUGAAAUUUCUUACAAGACUGUUGGGGCACUCCUAACGUGAAGGUAUAUUUUCUAUAUGAUUAACUAACAUUUGAUAAGAAGAAAAUUGAUAUAAUUGUGUAUAUGAUAGGAAAAUGUGCGAGAAGGACAUGGCAAGCUCGAGUGAGAUGCCGAAUGUAAACAGCCAAAAACCAAUCUCCUUCAAUUCUUUGUACCAUCAGCUGCUUAAUCUGGAAAGGCCAUGCCCGGAAGACACAUGCGCUCUUUGUAACUGUGCACGAAUUAGGGAGCAACAUCGAAAGCUGGUAGAAGAAAAUAAUCGGUUGCUAGAGAAAAUGAAGGAACUCAUUGAAAGGGAAGCACGUAAGCAAGGAAUGCCACCAGAAGGAACUGUUGACCCGGUGGUUGAAGAAUGCAUGCAAUUCCUGCUAUCAAAAGGAUUUGACCCAAAGUUUGAACAGAUCAUGCGAGCAGUAGUAGCAAAAGGAUCUACCCCAGAAGAGUUUCAAAUUUUCGUCCAGAAAAUGGUAGCAUCAGGAAAAGUUGACUCAAUGUUUGAACCAUUCAUGAUAAAACCCGCCAGCUAUAGGAGCCAACCGUGACAGCUACUCAGCUAGUAAGUGUUUCGAAUUCUAAUAUUCAAUGUUUUUUUUUUAUAUUGUGCUUUAUCCUAGUAGCCAAAGUAUGAAAAUUUCCAGUAACAUAUUUGUUUAUGAUCAGAGUUUGAGAUUCUGCCUUUAUGUGCUGAGGUUGGCCGUCGGAGACGCAGGCGACCUUGCGGUGGAGGUGACGCACUAUACCAUGAAGAAUGACCAUACUGGGGCGCUCUGUUGGCCUUUGUUGGAUGGCUUUAUGCUGUUUAGCGCUGGUUACCCCAGGAACUGUAAAUGUGUUGCGCUGCGCACUGUCUGGAGGAUGGAAAUAUGCAUGUACCCAGGUUGAUGGAUUGCUUCGUUUGUUUUUUGCUUCGGUUUAGGUAGAGUGCCUCUCGUAUGGGCGCUCAUGGGAGGGCUUGAUAAGAAAUUUGAUAACGAGGCAAAUUGGAGAGAAACUGCAAAGGGGCUCUUGCCACAAGGGCAAAUAUAUACAUAUCCGUUCACUCAUUCUCAAUUAGUCUAUACAAAUUAAAAAACCUAACAAAUAACAAGACGACUCAUGGCACUUACGAUAAAUUAUGAGCUUGGUGCUAAGUUGAAUGAUCUGCUUUGGUCUCUAUCCUUACUUGCUGCAAAUAUAGUUGGCUUUAUGUCAAUGGGUCUGAUAGCACCAAGUAUGGUUCGUCUAUAUGAGGAUGAUCCAAAGUCCUUCAUCAGCUUAGCAUGGUUCAACUAACUGAGCAUGGUCCAUUAGCUUCAUUUUCUGUUUUUAUGGCCCCCCAAGCUGAGCAUACAAGUUUUGUAUGUUCAGCUUGGACAACAAGUAUUGAAGUAUGAAAUGCUCAUGCAUUUGUAAAUGAGUAUGCAAUCUAAUUAUUUGUAUCAAGGAGGUCAAGUGAUAUAACUGUGGACUGUAGAAAAUGAUGAAUUACGUGACAAUUGAUUUCAAUGUGUUUCGUUCUUUAAUGAAGAACUAGGUUUUCAUCAAUAUAAAUCGCUAAUUGAUUGUCAUAGAAAAGCUCUACUGGUUGAGGAUGUUCAACAUUAAGUGUCUGUCGAAGUCUUUGAACCCAAACUACUUCACACGUAAGCUGAGUAAGGGCCCUAUACUCUGCUUCCGAGGACGAAUGAGAUAUUGUUCCUGGUUUCCUAGAUUUCCAAAUGAUAAAAGGACUUUCUAAAUGAAAUGCAAUAGCCAGUGGUGGCUCACCUUGUAUGUGGGCAUGAAGCUCAAUCUGAAUUACUAUAUCCUUUUAGCUUAAGAUCAAAGGAAGAUGGGUAGAACAAACCCUGGCAUGGUAAAUACAUUAGGUCUUUUAGG